GGGAGCUUCCGUGGCGGCGGCGGCGGCGGAAGCGGCCAGCGGCCGGGCCGGGCUCCUGCGUGCCGAGGUGUCCCUCGGCGGCCGGCAGUUGGCAGCAUGUCGGUGGCGGGGUUGAAGAAGCAGUUCUACAAGGCGAGCCAGCUGGUCAGCGAGAAGGUCGGAGGGGCCGAAGGGACCAAGCUAGAUGAUGACUUCAAGGAAAUGGAAAAGAAAGUGGACCUGACCAGCAAGGCGGUUACAGAAGUAUUGACCAGAACAAUAGAGUACCUCCAGCCGAACCCAGCUUCCAGAGCCAAGCUAACCAUGCUCAACACGAUGUCGAAGAUCCGCGGGCAGGUGAAGAACCCCGGCUACCCGCAGUCGGAAGGGCUGCUGGGGGAGAGCAUGAUCCGAUACGGCAAGGAGCUGGGCGAGGACUCCAACUUCGGCGAUGCGCUUCUUGAUGCUGGUGAAUCUAUGAAGCGGUUGGCUGAAGUGAAGGACUCGCUGGAUAUUGAAGUCAAACAAAAUUUUAUUGAUCCCCUCCAGAAUCUGUGUGACAAAGACCUGAAAGAGAUCCAGCACCAUCUCAAGAAGCUGGAAGGCAGACGCUUGGACUUUGACUACAAGAAGAAGCGACAGGGCAAAAUCCCCGAUGAGGAACUUCGACAGGCCAUGGAGAAAUUUGAAGAGUCCAAGGAAGUAGCGGAGACCAGUAUGCACAACCUCCUAGAAACUGACAUUGAGCAGGUGAGCCAGCUCUCAGCCUUGGUGGACGCCCAGCUGGACUACCACAGGCAGGCAGUGCAGAUCCUGGACGAGCUUGCGGAAAAACUCAAACGCAGAAUGAGGGAGGCCUCCUCGCGUCCCAAGCGGGAAUACAAGCCCAAACCCAGGGAGACGUACGACUUUGGAGACACUGACCAAUCUAAUGGGGGCUUCUCUUGUAAUCCUACCCCCAAAGUCUCAGCUUCCUCCUCUUUCCGAUCCGACAAGCCGUCCCGGGCCUCCGUCAGGAGUAUCCCCCCCCUGGACCAGCCCUGCUGCAAGGCUCUCUACGACUUCGAACCCGAAAACGAUGGCGAGCUGGGCUUCAAGGAAGGCGACAUCAUCACCCUGACCAACCAGAUCGACGAAAACUGGUACGAGGGCAUGAUCAACGGCCAGUCGGGCUUCUUCCCCCUCAACUACGUGGAAGUGCUGGUUCCGCUACCUCAGUGAAACGGCAUCGCUCCCGUCCCCCCUCCGCUCGCACGGGGCCGAGCCUCCAUUCCACCUCCAUCCUGACACUGGCCCUCUCCGGCGGCGGGGCCGUUAUCUCUGCGUCACCUCGGGGUGAGAUUGCCACCAGGGAACAAGCCAGAAGGGUCAAACGACCCCCCCACCCCCCGUGAAUUUCAUUAUUUUGAUUUUUUUUUUUUUUUUUUUUUUUUCCCCUGGUGCUUGAACUUCGGUACUUUGCGCGCCCUGCCAGGUCCCCCCCGGCUGUACGAUUGUCGCAGGCCUCUCCCUGUCCAGUUUUUAUCUUUCCUUUGGGUCAAGCAUCCGGAUAAGCCAGGUGGGAGAGCCGGGAUGCAUCCUUUCGCGCUGAGCAUCAGCACGGGGAGACACAUGGCCUGGGGGCGGGGGGCAAAGCAGCCCCCAGCCUCACCGAGGGGCAACCCCUUCGCCCCCCACCCCCUUGAACACUACCCGUCUCCCUGCAGAUGCCCAGCCUCCCUACAGCCCAACACCGAUGCAGGACCCCGGCUCUCCCCGCUCCUGGGGGCUCAGGGGAGGGAUGCCAUGGCACAGCAACAACACUACGACACCCAUCAAACACUAAGCCAGCCCCGCGGCGCGGGUGCUGAGCCCUGCCUGGGGCUCUGUGCCCUCCCUCCCCACCCUGGAGGGACAGAACAGGGAUGUCCCCUGCCUGCUGUUACCCCUCUGCCCUCUCCCCACAGAGCUUGACUCCAAAAGGGGUGGCUGCUCCCUUCUGCCCUUGAUUUUAAUUAUUUUAAGCCAGGUUGCUUCUGGACCCUGGGCUUUUCCUACUACAAACUCUACCGAGUCCAUCAGAGCUGGGGGAUAAUUUGGGGGGGGUGAAGAAUUGGGCCACAGCCCGGGGUCUACCCACCGUGGGGCAGAGCAGGCUCCUCUCCCUCGAAGGUUCUGCACUUACUGUCCCCGGGGAGCCGUCGGCACCCCGUGCCGCAGGACCGGGGCUCGCGGCUGCGGGGUUGGAGCUCGGCUGAUCCUCACGUGCCUUUCCUGCGCCCCCCACCUCUCUCCCACACUGACCCUCUUUUGGGGGGAAGGGGGGGGCAGCGUGCCCCUCUGCCACCGGCUUUGGUGGGAAAAGGUAUCGUAACAUCUCAGCACCGCUUCUGCCGCUCCUUAGCCCCGAACCUCCCCGCGCGUUCCUUAUCAUGGGGGUCAGGAUGGGGCCCGGCAGCGCUCACACCAUCUCUCACUUGACUCCGUGGUUUUCCUUGCUAGAAAAGUGGUCUCUUUCCCCCUCUCCCAUCCUCGGCCUUGGCCGGACUCCGGCAUUUCUCCUCUUCGGCUAGCACCGUCCCUGCCUGGCCGGGGGGGCCGAGCCCCAGCUCUGCACUGGGCCCGUGCUGCAGCACAUCCCUGUCCCUGCUGCUCCCGGCUCCUGUUACAGUUACACAGCCCCGUUUUAAUGAUUUUAACCGUGCAUGUCGAUGUAUGUCCGAUCCCCUGCUGCGCCGUGCUCCGAGCAGGCUGACCGGUGACCCCGGUCCCAGAUGCUGGUGGCACGGGGCAGUUCACCUUCGCUCCCAGCAGCGCAGGGAGCCCAAGGGACCGGUGUCCUCGGGGCCCUCGCCUCUGUCCCCUGCCUGGUGGGGACCGGGGUCACGUCUCGGGAAUGCUGGUUCCCGCUCAGGUGGAUUGAAAUGCGUUUUGUCAGCUGGGACAACUUGCUAGACCUUUUUUUGUAAUGGUUUCUCCUGGUUUUUAGGGGAAAAAAAGACGACCCACAAAUCUCGACUUGUAUCUCUGAAUGAAAGUAUUAAAUGUUUUCUUCUUUCUAA